AUCCGCUUGAUGGCAUCCGAUUGGCGUCGGCCAUUAUUUACUGUAUUUCCCAUUCAUUCCGUUGCAGUUCGUCCUAGAAGCAAGUGAAAUUGGUUUUUUCUGAUACAGUUCGUGCCUGUGCAGCUGCGAAACAGCGAGGUGCAGGUGAAUAUGCUCUUCCACUGAUUCCGGUGAAAGCUGGUACAGUAUUGGUUCUUCGAUCUCGGAAAAUCGACGAAAAUGACGCAAUUCCUGCCGCAUAAUCUGCUGGCGUUGUUCGCACCACGCGAACCCAUCCCAUAUUUACCACCCGCGAGUAAAUUGCCGCACGAGAAGAAGAAUCGUGGUUACGCAGGGCUCGGAGCCUUCAUAUCGCAGUUCGAGGAUCCCAAAGAUACGCCUCCCCCGACACGUGUCGAAACAAGGGAGGAACGCAUCGAGAGGCGACGCAGGGAGAGAGCCGAGCAGGUUGCCUAUAAACUGGAGCAGGAGAUCGCCGUGUGGGAUCCGAGUAGUCAGGAUAUCAUCACAGAGGAUGCCUUCAAAACGUUAUUUAUUGCUAGAAUUAACUACGACACGUCCGAAUCGAAAUUGCGGAGAGAAUUUGAGAUUUAUGGAAACAUUAAAAAAAUUAUUCUAAUUCUGAACAUGGUGAAUGGUAAACCAAGAGGAUACGCCUUCAUCGAGUAUGAGCACGAAAGAGACAUGCAUUCUGCUUACAAACACGCAGAUGGUAAGAAAAUUGAUGGGCGUCGAGUGUUAGUUGAUGUUGAAAGGGCCCGCACCGUCAAGGGAUGGCUACCGAGGCGUCUAGGUGGAGGCCUCGGUGGUACGAGAAGAGGCGGGCCUGAUGUAAAUAUUAAGCAUUCGGGUAGGGAAGAUAAUGAAAGGGAGCGCGAGAGAUAUAGAUUAGAAAGGGAACGCGAAGAACGAGGCGGUGCCGGCGGCGGCGGUGGAGGAGGAGGAGGCGGCGGAGGUGGAGCCGGUGGUGGUCCAGGGGGACGUGAAAGGGAUCGCGAUAGGGGAGGUUUGGGAGGUGGAGGAGGAGGAGCAGGGUUCGAAAGGCGGCGGUCUAGAUCGCCGCGUGACAGAAGGAAGCGCAGCCGCUCCCGAUCUCCGCGUAGGGAGAAGAGGAGGCGCAGCAGGGACAGGGCUAGGGCCGACACUGAGCUUGACGACACCGACCGCCGGUCGAGGGACAGAGACAGGGAAAGGGACAGGGAUCGCGAUCGUGAUCGUAAACGCAGGCGUUCAAAGUCGCGCGAUCGUGACCGUGAUCGUGAACGCAAACGCGAGCGAAGGGAACGUAGGGAGAGAGAAAGAGGCGAACGACUGGAGUUCAUCAAGACCGAUGAAGGUGGAGAGGUUAGAAUUAAGGAGGAACCUUUGGAUGAUUAUCCGGAUUAUUCCCAAUAUCAGCAAAACUAUGACCAGUCCAACGUAAAGUACGAACAGGAGGACGAACAAAAGUAUGAGCCGGACAAUACGAACGGCAAUACUAGACCACAACAUUACGAAGACGACGAGUACGAGGAGGGUGAGGCUUAUUAAAACUAAUUUAAUUUAAUAUUUUUGUAUAAAGUGGUAAUAGUUCUUAGAAUGUUUCCUUAUAAGCAUACAUACACACACACAUAUAUAUAUAUAUAAAUAGUUAGAUAGUUUCUCCUUGUCAUGACAACAAGCAUAUAAUUUAUAAAGAAUAACAUUACAAUUUUUAUUUUAAGUGCUUGACGAAAAC